CUGGGACUUUCCAGUCCAGACUCCAGCCAGUUCUGGGUAAGACAAACUCCCAAGCCCAUAGCUGACUCAGUUCAGCUCGCUCACCGAGCUGAAUCCAAUUGAAUUACACGACACAAUUUGAGUCUCAGAGGGAAGACCUCGAGGAUGAGUCGCAAGAGAGAUAAACCCUACUUUUCCGGGCCCGACCGCGCUCCUCUACCUAAGCGCCGUCGCCCACAUCCACCACCGGCAGCGGAUGACAACCCCGCCGCCAAAGGCAAGACGCAUCCGCCGGCUUCUGUGGUGGUGAUGGGAUUAUCCCCAGACUGCUCCGUCCUGGACCUCAAAUCACGAUUCGAGAUCUACGGCGCAAUCUCCCGAAUCCGAAUCGACGGCGUCGGCUACAUCACCUUCCGGUCUAGGGAGUCCGCCGAAGCUGCCAUCGCGGCUGCCCUCGACGAUUCCUUCGGCAUCACGGUUGAUUCCAGACGGGUACUACAGGUGUUAUGGGCAACAGACCCACUCGCUAAGUGGAGGGAAGGAAUCAGGGUUGGAGUUAACAAGAGCAACGAUAGCUCACCGUCGUCAGGAUCAGCUUCCAAGCUUCUGAGGGGAGAGCUUCCGCUCCGCAGGCAUGGCAGAGGGAAGAAGCUUGCUUCCGCUAUUGUAAACCCGAGGAAUAAUACCAGCAGCAGCACAUCGGAAUCUGGUGCUUCUGCUUCUGCUUCUGCUUCCACGACAUUGGAUGUGCCUUUCCGUGGCCGAGAAAUCAUUGCUUACGAUGAUAUCCUGUAGAUAGAAGCUCGUUUACCUGUGCCUGAAAUCUUUAGAUAAUGCUUCUUCCUUGGAAGUGUAUAGUUUGUGGGAUUUUGUUAGUCUGUCUGUUAGGAACUCAUGAUGUUAGAAAGGAGGGAACUUUGCAGGAAUUAGUGAGGAAAAAAAAUGUUGCCUGAAGCUACUAGUAAUCCUUUCUGUAUCGAAGGGGUUUAUAUUGUUGUUGUACCAUCUUAAUCAAUGUGGAAUAUCUGGUAUGUUGGAUGAUUUUCCAUGUCAGACUUGGGCAUUGUUGGAAUCUUUGAGCUUGUU